AUGGCCUCACGCAUGUCCGACCGUAUCCGUUCCAAAAACACUGGAAGUGUUGUACCCAAAUCUCUGCUUCCUAAAUCUCGAGAGCAGCAAGCGGCACAGCGCAAAGAAAAAGAAGACUGGAAAGUAGCACAACAAGAAGCCGAAAAACAAAAAAAAGAGAAUGCCAAAAUCCGUGUGGCUAAACAGCUUGAUACUCAGGGAGGCGAAGACCUUUCUCUACUUCGCCCUGAUCUGCAGCCAUUAAUCCUACCACUGCAACAAUUGCAACAAAAACCCGAACAGGGCUUAACCACACUUCCAGACCAUGGGUUGGGCUUGGGACCAGGAGGACCUUCAGUGACUGACUCCCCUGCCAACCUGAAACCGCCAACAACAGACUGUGACAAUAUGACAACUACGACUGUAAAGGAGGGAUACAGAGACCACAGUGAUGACAGUGAAGAUGAUGAAGAAUUGAAGCAUCUCGAGCAGGAGCUUGUAAAGAAGCGGCAAGAAAAAAAGGCUCAGAAAACUGCUCUGCGUCGCGCUAUUACUGCUGCACGUGUGGAAUCACCCAAUGAAUCUAUUACGCCUAUCAAACGACCAGCAGUUGGUAUUCCUGAAGGCGAAACAGAGUCCAAGAAACGCUCCAAAUUAUCAGAGAUUGGCGGUCUGGUACCUGCAUGGAAAAGCAUCCUCUCCGCUCAAGGCAAAAUUUCAACUGCUCAGCCACCACUGGAUGUAGAGCCCAUAGAUCUCGGAGAAUUUGGUCAAGAUGAUACUGCAGACACCCUUAAGAUUCAGCGUGCUGGAAAGAGUCAUCAGAAAGAGCAGAAAAUUGCUGCAAAGGACAUAGUAGAGGUAAAGCUUGAAUCAGUCGACGCCGACCUCAUUGCAAAUGAGGAACGUGUGACUGGGAAACCUGCACAGCCGCCUAAGUCCAGCCGUAGGAUGAAGACAGCUGACGUUCCCUUUGUGAAUGCUGGCGACCAAGAUGUUUGGAAUACCCGUAUACUUCCUGCUCUCAUCGAAUGGAGUGGCACUCGACAAAGUCAAUUCAAUAUUAAUGCUGAUCCCGAGUUGCGCUCUAAAGUCCGGGAUCUCUGGAAUAUUCAUCUUGCCACGAUUCCUCCACACUGUCUAGACCAAAAGGGUAAUACCAUAUUAUGCUGUGACCACCCAGCGAUCCUUUCCUAUGCCCAAAACAAACUGCGGACCUACAGAAGCCAUAUUGGACGGAAUGCAAUGCGGAUCGUUUCGGACUAUGUGGCAAACAAUGCCAGUACUGUGCCCGAACGUCAGGAGAUUGUUCAAAAGCUUCUCCGGAACAAUGCUUUCAUUUAUGAGAAAGUAGGCGCAACGCGAGACUUGUCAUCAGGAGCAUGGCGCGGUGAGCUCCUUAUGCAAGCAUUUGCAUUCUACAUUACAUGGGCUCUGUCUGCUCCGAAGAACGAUUUGGAUUCCAUAUCUGAUGAGCCACAUUUCCCGGUCGGAGCGUUAGCUCUCACUGCGGCUGCCGUUAAAUGGGCGUUAACACUCUGGGAACCAGGUUAUAAGAUAACCCAGACUGGUACGGAAGAAGAUCAACUCGAAGAAUCUGGAGACUCCCCAGAAGCCAAAACCAAAACCAAAAGGAAACAUAGCGGUAAUCCGAAAGCUCCCCGUAAUCAUACUCAUAGUUUUGGUGAACGCUGGAGUUCCGACUGCAACAAAUUUCAGGAAUCAACGACGGUCCUAGCUGAACCGAAAUGGAACUUAAUCUUUGCCGCUGCUGAAGUACAUCUGCUCGGGGUCCCGAAUGCCGGAGCCGGACCUGGUCUGAAGGAACUGCGGAGGGAUGCACAACGAGCGGUAGCUGGAAUGUCUGUCACGUCAACAGGAAAUUCGGCUAAGAUUGAAGAAGAACCAGAUGCAAUCGUCCUCUCAGACUGA